AUGGCCGUCGCGGUCAAGUCCACCCCGCGCGUCAACGCAGCCUUGAUGCCGCAGUUCAACGGGAAGCAGGUCACGCUGGUCGGGAAGGUCCUCCAGCAGAAUCCUUUGAUAAUACAGACCUCGGACGGGGACCAAGUCGAGGUUGCGACCAACAACACGACCCCCAUCCACAACCAGGUCAUCGAGGUCGUCGGGACCGUCUCCGGACACAGAAGCAUGACGGAGAUCUCUCGGACGAACUUCGCGGACGGGUUCGACCUGGACACGUACGACAAGAUGGUCAACCUCUACAACAGCCAGAACUACGCGGCGAUGAUGCGCUGA